AUUCAUUCAGAGGCAAGUGAAGAGAAGAGAAGAGAAGAGAAGGGAGGGUUCCCCCAGUCAGUCACCUUUAUAUUUCUCUCUCCGCCGAUAAAACUCUUCCUCUCUCUCUCUCUGGUCCGAUCGCAUUCUCUCUCUUUACCGUCGUUUUUCUCGCUCGUCGAACACUUCACGUUGAGCUCCUCCGAUCGCCGGACACUCCUCCAGCCAGCUGUGAUCUCCCUCCCCUCUGCUUGCACCGGUUUCGCUGCAUAAAUGUCAGUUGUGAAAGUCAAGACAUCUAAUGCUCUAGGAGGAGUGAAGUUGGAGGAGGGGAAUGAAUCUUUAAAUACAUUAGCCAGGCAAGGAAUUGGAAAAGAGCCUUUUCUCUCCGUACCAAGGUCCACAGACAACCCAGUGCAGUUGAUUCAGUUUCUUCAUGCUUUCGACAAUCAAGAUAUUCCCGGCUGGCCAUUUUUAACUCAAGUGAAGGUGCCGAUGCAGAAGUGUGAUAAGUGCAACCGAGAAUUCUUUUCGCCCAUUAACUACCGUAGACAUAUGCGUGUGCACCAUCGUCUGAAAAAGCUAGACAAGGAUAGUAUGAAAAACAGGGAUCUAUUGCGCGUCUUCUGGGAUAAGCUAUCUGCUGAUGAAGCUAAGGAAAUUGUCGCAUUAAAGAAUGCCUCAGUGGAGGAUCUUCCGGGUGCUACCGUAAUAAAGACCUUGGCAUCACUUAUACGCAAACCUGGAUUUCCUCCAUUGCCGCAUUUUUGUAUAAAAUCUGGUUCAGCUCUUUUGGAGAUUGUACAGGCUAGACCAUCUAGAUUUUCCAUCUCUUCACAAGAACUUUUUAGUAUCCUUGAUGAUGCUAGUGAGAAGACAUUCUUGAGUGGCCCUGCCAUAUCUAUGCAAAAGUAUUUAUUUGAUGGAGAGGCUGCGAAAAUUGGUCUGGACACAAAGAACCUUGUUGCAUUCACCAGUUUCUUGUUGGAGCAAAAAUUGAUUGAAGCAUGGCUAGCUGAUAAAGAUGCCGAAGCUUUGAGAUGCCAGAAGUUGCUGGUGGAAGAGGAAGAAGCUGCCCAGAAGAGGCAAGCUGAACUUUUGGAGCGGAAGAGGCGUAAAAAGCUCAGGCAGAAAGAACAGAAAGCUAAGGAGCAUAGAAACGAGGAGGUCGUCAGAGAUAGCUUUAAUUCCAUGGCAGCUGAGCCUCCAUCACAAGCAUCAGCACAUGAUAAUGCAUCUGAUUCGGAGAGUCAGGAUCUUGAUGGACCUUCAGAAAUUUCACUGUUUGAGAUGUCUCAAAUUCCAAGUGUGGAAGAUGUGGAUUCCGAAGCUAACUCAGGGGUUGGCUUUGUUGACAAUGAUUCCAACGCUUGUCAGAACAUUGAACCACGGAGUCAUCAAUCUUUGGGUGUCCCUAACUGGCAUGCGCCACCAAAGCCACGUGCCAUGUCCAAUGGCUUCUAUCAGAUGAAGAAUUCUUCGUCAUCGAAACCAGAAUUCAAGAGUAAGAAUGGAAUACGGGAUCUAAGAGUUGCUCAUACUGUGAACAACAAGAAAGUAUGGAGCCGAAAGCCUAAACCCGAGAAAGAUGGGGAGAACUUGAAGUUCAGAGUGCAGGAGGCAUUUGUACAAGUCGGUCAAGAUAAGGAACACGAGCUUCUGAUUGGUUCCAUAGCUGUCAACCUUGGAAGCUCGCAUACGCGAGAAAAAUGUGAUAAUGCUCAUUUUCCAGAGGAUGACGGUACCCAAGAGUAUCAGCCUUCGAAGAAGUUUAACAAUGCCCAUGAGAAAAACAGCAGAAGCGACAGCAAUCACAGUGGUGCAAGUCAGUCGACAGUGAAGCACUGGAGGCGUAGGCAAGAAGUAAAAGAUUCUGUUCCUGUUCAGAGAGAAUCUGAAGUUAAUUCAAGUUUUCUAAAGGACGAUGAUCAGACAGUAAAUAAUGAAGAGUGUCUGAGGUCAUCGUCUCUGAAUGGUCAUCAUUGUGAGAUCGAGUGCCAUUCGCUGCCCUCGGAAAGUAAUCGACCAGGGAACUUGCAUUUCUCAAGUGACGCUGCAAGAACUUUUCUUUCUCAGAGAUGGAAGGAAGCUAUUGCUGCAGACCAUGUGAAACUUGUCUUAUUGCCGGAACUGGAGCCUUCAGCUGCAGGAACUCAAGACUGCACAGAUGUUUCAGAUUCCGAUAAACGAAGCAUUCUCAGGAAUGCAGAAGAUAGGAUGGUGAAUGGCCCCUCGGCUUCUGGACCUGCCAAACCCGAGCUCAAGAUGAAGCCUGAGAAGGGGCUCAAGAAAAGAUACAUUCUGAAGCAGAGAGCGAACGACACAUGAUCCCAGUCGAGUAUGAUCUGAAAUGCACCCAAAAAAAAAAAAAAAAAGUGCACAGUGACUUGUGGUUUUUAGUUAUAUAAAUUCUCAGCACAGGGGGUUGCAGUUUUUACAAGUGGUCUUCUGUCUGCAAAUUUCUUUUCCCUAUCGAACUUUCAUUGUUUUUACCGGUAGAGUCAUUCAUGCCGCAUCUUCUCAGGCUAUAGUUAACACACAUCGAUGAAUUAGUCAGGUUUUACGGGUUUUGCAGUCGAUGUCCCGAUCUUGUAAUAAAAAUUUUGGUUCUGUAGUAGUGUUACUGCAAAACGAUUUCAGAAUGAAAAUUUCUCCCGCCAAACUUUCCUGGA